CCUCCCUUGGAUCCUAUCUCUACCCUGCAGCCCAACCCACAUAUCUUUCCUUCCCCCUCUCUUUUUCCGGUGGCCCAAGAUCCUUAGCCCAUCUAACCUUCUGGAGCAGCCCACCUGUGAAGCCCGAUCCAGCCCGUACCCCUUCGCCCCCUUCUUUUUCACCUUGUCGUCAUCUCCAGAGAGGAGCACGAGAGCAGCGUGAGUGCCCUGGUCCUCCACCACCGUGCCUUGCCCCCACCUCCACCUGCUCCUCCCUUUUAAUCCCCAAGGAAAACCCUAGCCUCCUCCAUCUUUCCUUCCGAGCGCCGCCACUAUCUCCUCUUCUCCCCACCUUCCUCUUUUCCUCUCUGUGAACAAACGAAGAAAGACUGCCACCACCAUCCUCACCAUGGCGCCGCCGCUCCCCAGCUCCCCUCGCCGUUCUGAGGGCACCAUUAGAUGCGCCUCGUCCUCCUCUUUCUCCGUGUGCAAGGAAUCGAGCCGGGGCUCAUCCAAUCGAGCGCAGCGUCGCCGAUUCCCCGAGUUGGUCGCCGUCCAUCUUCUUCAAUUCCGGCCGCCCUCAUCCUCCUCCGGCCAAACCGAGCACACCCCCGGCUUCCUCGUGUUCAGCCGCACCUUCGACGCCAUCUCACUUCUUCUGGUUCGUUCCCAGGCGACGAAUCCAUCUCCGACCAGAGCUCCAUUCCGCCAUGGCCUUCAUCCCCGAGUUUCGUCUCGUCUGCUUCAAAUUAAAUAGCGCCUCGUUCCAAACAACAGAUCUCGCAGCGAAGGGUGCCUCAAUUUUGGUGGAGCCUUCCCCUACUCAACAUCACCAGCCUAGCCCAUUUGAUCCGCCGAUGGGCCUUGGCCCAGGUUCCUUCCCCGGCGCUACUCCUCUAUCCGUCGCCAGCAGCAUGCCGGUUCUGGCCCAGGACAACACAGCAUUUGCUUCUUCCCGGAUAGGAUCGCGAAGUGGUGUUGUGAGAUGCGGCAAGUUCUUCGGAUGUUCCUCGGCAAGCUUUAACAGGUAUGAAGAUAUGUUCGAAGAAGACGACGCCAGCAAGGUUACCCUUCCGGCUUGGCCUGGGCAGGGUUAUGGACGCCACUGGUUAUUUUCAGGACUCUUAGUCCAAUUUGUAUCUUGUCCGUAUUCGGAUGUAUUCGCUCUUCUGUAUGAUUUGGAUCUUUGUAUUGUAUAUUUGUAUCUUGACUCGUUGGAGUCGUUGUUGAUAUAUAUGUUUCUUGUGGGCUCUAUUGUAAUCCUGUUGUAAUGUUACUGCUCGUGUUAAUUCCUCUGGCAUCACGUGUGUGAUUCGUCGCGCACGUCGUGUCGGAGGGCGUGUCGGAAUCGACAUCGUGCGGAUUUCGGCGGGAUCGCUGGAAUCCUCAGGAUACCGGUUCCGGGGCGUCACAAGUUGGUAUCAGAGCCAGGUUGACGGUACCUCACAAGUUGGUAUCAGAGCCCAGGUUUGACGGUACCCCACUGGUCCAGCCUCUAGGAUAACCUUGCCAACAGACGUUGUGUCUAGUGUCAAAACUAUUUUCUUAAAAUUCGUUGGAUAGAUCUGAUUAGAUCUGAUUUUCUCCUUACCUAUAUUCUUUCUCCUCUUACCUUUGCGAUUUUUGGAGUCUUCACUCUUAUCUGAGUUUUUCGAGUCUUAGGUUCUAACGCGGGUUGGCCGAUCCUUGCCUCACCUAUUAGGUCCGAUCUUCGGAGGAUCCCGACUGAAGCGCAUCAUCGACCGCGGAACAACGACUUCUUGUUAGUGGUGUCGAGGAGAUUGACACGUCGUCAGGAGAUCCGAUAGUUCACCUCUCUCCCCCGUACCUGGACGUGGAAUCUCGGGGCGAGAUUCCUUGUUAGUGGUGUCGAUUGUAACGGCCCCGGGUAGCACCCCUACUAGAUUUGCUUGUGUUUCUCUUUUGUGCAUCAUCAUGUCAUCAUGCAUCAUAUCAUCCACAAGAUUUUAUCAAAUAAAAUUAUUUUAAAUAAAAACUAUUUGUGUCUAUCCUCUCAUAUGGUUUUAAUAAAACCUCUCUUGUCCUUUCAUUUAACAAACCCCAAAACUAAGCUAUUAAACAAAUAAAAUUAUUUCAAUGUUUUCUGGUUUCAAAAUGAAAUCUUGUUUUGGGUUGGCUUGAAAAAGGUUUUCAGAAUCAGUUUUAAAAUCAAAGAGAAAACAUUUUUUUCUAAAUUAAAAUACAACCCUAACCCUCCCUUGGAUCCUAUCUCUACCCUGCAGCCCAACCCACAUAUCUUUCCUUCCCCCUCUCUUUUUCCGGUGGCCCAAGAUCCUUAGCCCAUCUAACCUUCUGGAGCAGCCCACCUGUGAAGCCCGAUCCAGCCCGUACCCCUUCGCCCCCUUCUUUUUCACCUUGUCGUCAUCUCCAGAGAGGAGCACGAGAGCAGCGUGAGUGCCCUGGUCCUCCACCACCGUGCCUUGCCCCCACCUCCACCUGCUCCUCCCUUUUAAUCCCCAAGGAAAACCCUAGCCUCCUCCAUCUUUCCUUCCGAGCGCCGCCACUAUCUCCUCUUCUCCCCACCUUCCUCUUUUCCUCUCUGUGAACAAACGAAGAAAGACCGCCACCACCAUCCUCACCAUGGCGCC